AUGGCUCAAGACUUGAAACACGUUCCAGAAUCCAUCAGAAUGGUCCUUAUUGGACCACCAGGUUCGGGUAAAGGUACACAGGCCCCUAACCUCAAAGAGCGCUUCUGCGCUUGUCACUUGGCCACUGGUGACAUGCUGAGAUCCCAGGUUGCCCAGAAGACCGAGUUGGGUCUGGAGGCUAAGAAGAUUAUGGACCAGGGUGGUUUGGUUUCGGACGAGAUCAUGGUUAGCAUGAUCAAACACGAGUUGAUCACCAACCCAGAGUGCAAGUCUGGCUUCAUUCUAGACGGGUUCCCAAGAACUAUCCCACAGGCUGAGAAGCUAGACCAGAUGUUGGCCGAGCAGGGCAGACCUUUGGAGAAGGCUGUUGAGCUCAAGAUCGACGACGAGCUAUUGGUGUCUAGAAUCACCGGCAGACUGGUGCACCCAUCUUCCGGCAGAUCCUACCACAAGCUUUUCAACCCUCCUAAGGAGGACAUGAAGGACGACAUCACUGGCGAGCCUUUGGUCCAGAGAUCUGAUGACAACGCCGACGCCUUGAAGAAGAGAUUGGGCGCUUACCACGAACAGACUGAGCCUAUUGUCGACUUCUACAAAAAGACUGGUAUCUGGUCUGGUGUCGAUGCUUCCCAGUCUCCACAGACCGUUUGGACUGACAUCCUCAAGUGUCUCGGUAAGAACUAA